CCGCUAUUAACCCUGUGUACCUUCCCUACUACCCCCUAGCAUGCACGCCAUAAUACGGUCAUACGCUGGAGCUUAAGCUUCACAACAAACGCAGGUGUUCUUUAUCUUAUCAUUGUUCCAUAUUCAUUGUAUUCAUAUCAUAACCCACCACUCUGCAUAAUACUCGUAUACUCUUUACAUAGGAUAAUUUACACGUCGUCGAUUCCACUUCUAUUCUAGUUUCCUUGGUGUCCUCUUUUUCGGUGGGAGGGAACAGUAAUCCAUUAUCCAUGGUCUUCGAAAUUCGGCCGCCGCAAAGGUUAGCAGUUCCGCAUCCUGCUGGCCCUUGUAAGCAGCCGAAGCUGGAGCAGCUAUGGGUAUGAGUUGGACUGGCUUCUUGUUGACCUACCUCUUUGGUGGUGUCACUUUCAUUCCUUUGGCCAUAGCUGUGGUGCUUCUACACGCGCACUACACGUUUCCCGUUCGAGACGAUAGCCCCCUCCGAGAUGACGCUAACGAUGCUGACAACAUCGUUCAACCUGGCGACGACAUAUCCGCCCUCCGAGAUACUCAGAAGGAAGAGUCGAAACAACGCCUCGUCGUCGAGAACGAUGUAGCCGCGGGCUACUUCGCCGUAUGUCGUGAAUACACCCCCAUGGGAAUCAAUGCCAAACCGAUCGAACGUUCAACUCCUGUAGGAUCAACGACCGUUGCCGCACCGAGCCAAAGCGUAUACCAGUCCAUGUACCGGAGCAUAUUCGACAGAAAACAGACUCCUGGGCCACUCGAUGAUCACAAGAGCGUUAGCCAGAGGCCCAAGAAGGCCGGCAACGUGUUCUAUGUCGUACUGAGACAUGGCCAUUUGAUGCUAUUCGACGACGACGAGCAGCUCGAGGUUCGACAUGUUAUUUCUCUCGCCCACCACGAUGUCAGCAUAUACUCUGGAGGAGAUCCCACACCCGAAGGUGAAUUGUUCAUUAAGCGGAAUGCGUUGUGUUUGCGUAGGAAGACGGAAGGGAAAGAUAAUACACCUGACGCACAUAUGUCGAAGCCGUUCUAUCUAUUCUCCGAAAACUGUUCUGCCAAGGAAGACUUCUACUUUUCGCUACUUCGAAACCAGGAGCAGUCGUUUACAGGCAAUCUAGCUCCCAAACCCCAGAAGUUUGAGGUUAAGAACAUUAUAUCCUUGGUUCAAAAGCUACACUCCUCCGAGGACCACAUACAGACACGAUGGUUGAAUGCUUUUAUUGGGAGGAUGUUCCUCGGUAUCUAUAAGACCAAGGAUAUUGAAAACUUCAUAAGAGAGAAGAUCACGAAGAAGAUAUCUCGCGUCAACAGACCGUCGUUUCUCUCGAGUAUAAAGAUUCAGAAUAUCGAUACCGGUGACUCAGCACCGUAUUUCAUGAAUCCCAAAUUGAAAGAUUUCAGCGUCGAGGGCGAAUGUGGAAUGGAGGCCGAUGUUAAGUAUACCGGUAAUUUCAGAUUGGAAGUCGCUGCUACGGUGCGAAUUGACCUAGGCGCUCGGUUUAAGGCAAGGGAGGUCAGCAUUAUCCUUGCUGUGGUAUUGAGGAAACUUGAGGGACACAUUUUCUUCAAGAUAAAACCACCUCCCAGCAAUCGCAUGUGGUUCUCCUUCCAGUCUAUGCCUAAGAUUGAGAUGAAUAUCGAGCCUAUCGUGAGCUCCAGACAGAUUACGUACACAGUUAUUCUUCGACAAAUUGAGAAUAGGAUCAAAGAGGUGAUAGCUGAGACGUUGGUAGCACCGUUUUGGGAUGAUAUUCCGUUCUUCAAUACCGAGCAUAAGCAAUGGAGGGGUGGGAUAUUCGAGGGCGACGAUGCAGUUGAGAGAUCACCUGAUCAUGAAGCUAUCGCUGCUCAACUCGGGAAUGUGGAUGAAGUUAGCCAGAUUGAGGAGACGGGCUCUACUACACCCACCGAGUUGCCUUCGCUUGAGAAGAGUCAUAGUGUGCCUGUUCUGGAGACAACACAAGCAACUCAGCCCCAGGGGUUUUGGGGUAGAAGGCUUAACUCGAAGAAGAGUUUACAGAGUGACAACAGCCUUAAUGUUACCGCAUCCGCGUCGACGACAGCCCUUGAUAUAAAGAGCCCAAGAAGCUCUGCAUCUGAGGUAUUACGUCCGGCUCGUUCAAGUUCCAUCUCGAUAUCAAGCCCUAUUGUUGGUACAGAUCCCAUACAUGCCGAUACUUUCAGACCUUCAUCGAGUCCUCCGGAUCGCGACGAUGCGCUUAGUACAAUGGCGAGUCUCUCCGCUAGGUCUAAGAAUAACUCACCGGCACAUACACCGGUCGGGUCACCUGCGAAAACGCCAUCGAUUCCCCCACCAGCCAAUGCUUCUGCCAAUUCGUCAUCUGAGGCUAUCCCCGAAGGUCGUGAGGAUGAACACACCCCUACGGUGCCAAGUAGACGGUACACUGCUUCCUCCAUAGGAAGUAUGGACAGUGACGCUGCACCUCCGAGCUCCCCUGCACUUUCUAGCAGAAAUUCAAUCAAGAGCGGUAAUAGCUCCAUAGGAAGGGGCUUCUUUUCGCGGAAAGACACUUCCUCGCCAACAGGCUCUACCAAUGGGGUGACGCCUGAAGGCAAGCGAAAUACCCUAGCUGCAGUGUCAAAUGCGGCUGCGACGGCAAAGCGUUGGGGUCUAAACGCGAUACAGCGGCAGACGGAAAGGAAUGGCGCCAAUGGACGGCGACCAUCAGAUCCUCCAGUCGAUCUGAACCAGCCUAUGGGUCGCGGCCAACCUUUACCACCUCCGGGAACGCCGCUCCCUGGCCCUGGCAAGAAGGCGGCGCCGAUAAGCAUGCCUAAGAGGAAGCCUAUCGCCCCACCUCCCGCGAUGGCACGCCAGAGCACAGGUAACCUGAGCGAGACGAAAACGGAGCGGAGGCCUGUACCACCACCUCCAUUACCAUCAAGGCGUAGGCGGGUAUCACAAAUCCACAUAACUAGCCCCGAAGGUAGCAACGAGGAUAAUGUCCUAAUUGUCGAAGCGCCGGAUGCAGACUCAGAGCCAAAUAGUCCAUCCAUCCGUAUUGUGGAAGGAGAUGGUGAGAAUGGGGACGAGUAUGAAGUUGAGGAUUCCCCUGCGUACAUGAGACCCUGGGUUGAGGAUGCCGAGGAGUUUGAUGGUGCUACAGAUCGGGAUGUCAGCACGAAUGGUGGGAGUGAGGAUUUAAUCGAGAUAGAGGCAGAUCCAGAAGUGGAUGGAGAGUUGACUUCGGCGAAGAGCGAGACACCGCCGGAUCUUCCGCCUAGGAGAGCGACAGAGAUCGAGACGGAGUUAAGCGAGGUGGGGAGUGAACACCAUCGCCAUAAACAAGUUGAGCAGAAGGAGGAAGAUGAAGAUGAAGACGGGUUCACGAGCUGGGUGGACAAUCCCGGUCCAGAACCCGUCGAACCCGCAAAAUGAGGCCCGAGAAUACCGAAACAAUACUCGACAACACAGGCCUCGCUAAGCAUAUCACAUUGCAUACACACAUAAGCAUACCAGAGAUACCUACCAUUUUUCAGUCGAGCAUGCGGAAGGACGGACGGAGUUAAUUGUGCACAUUACAUUCACGACGCAUCGUCUCAUAGCAUGCGGUCUUACUAGGGUUUUAUCAUUAGCAUGCUCGACAUCGACUUCUUACCUCAUUAUCUGUUAUCGUUAUCGUCGUCAUUGUUUUCAGGUGUGUAUUUUAUUCCAUACCUGGCUGAUAGACGAUUUCAUCAUAUCAUCAUCAUCACGUCUCCGCCCAGUGGGUUUUUAAGGGGGGUUUGGGUUACUCGGUAUACAUUACAUUGCAAUCACCGGAUGGGCGGGUUCAAGGGGUGUUGGGGGUUACUGUUGAGGGUUGAUUGCUUUAUUUAGAUAGGUACUACUACGCUGUGUUUUGUUUUGGGUCGGGACUUAUCAGUUUGGUUUGUGUUUUGUGAGGGAGUGUGGUGAAUACUGCCUGCUACUUACUCACUUGUUUUACUUCGAUUGUAUAUAUAGAUCUACAUUAACACCGGUUUUGGCGAUUUAAGCAAGCUAUAAUGUCCAUGA